UGUGCCAGAAUUCUGCGCUGUGUGCUUUAGCGAUCUCCAUCCCCGCGAUCUACACGCAAGGCAUGAAUCUCAUCUCAGCAUUUAUUCAUUCACACGACAGAUGUAACGCGUCUUAUUGCUGUGAGAUGCGCGUGCGGGAUUAAAUCGGAUGGAGUACUGGUGCGCGUUUCAGACAGUAAACGAGAGGAGAGAGAUAUUUGCGGUUUGCAUUUGUCGGUGGAUGUGAAUCCGGGAGGAAUGGACACGCAAAACACGAUGCAGUCCAAGUGUCGUCAUCUCAAUGUCAGGGACUUCUUUUGAUCGCAGAUCUAUCGCCUAAAAUCCGUUAUAUCUCAUAGUAACCUCGAGGAAACAGCCAUCCGGACUGUACAAGGUAGAUUACUGUUUGUGUGUAUUUAUUUCCAAUAUAAUACAAUAUAAAUGUAUUUAAUCUCAUAAGGUUUGGUUAAUCACAAACCUUCUUGAUACUAACCAGCUAACCCUUCGAUUAUUUCUUAAAUCGGGUAAUCAUUCAGUAUUCAUACUGACAAUUCCUUUGGGAAUAGCAUUUCUGAUGCAUUGGAGUGGGUCUUGGACAUAUGAGCUGUGUCUUCGUAUGAGUUGAGUAAAUUAUUUUGCUGUCACCAAGUGUGAUUAUUCACCUUAAUAAGAUUGGUGGGCUGAAUGAUGCGGAUGCAUAGUGACUGAAUCAGAGGAGAGCUGGAAGAGAGCAUCAUUGAAGUCACGGACAUAUUCCCUCAUCAUCGCUGAACGAAUCACUGUGACAUCUGGCACUAAAAUUGCUUAGUCUGUCCUGUGAGCUGUUCUGUCUGUGGUUACGUUUAGGUGCCACCCCAGGCAACAUCUACACAGGACUCGAGUCCCAACUGAAACCAAAUAGUCCAGACUGAAUCAAUACAGGACCUGAAUUCAGAAUCCAAUCCAGAUAGGAUCUGAAUCCAGACAGGAGAGAGUCCAGGUUGAAUUAGGGACCUGAGUCCAAUCCAUAAAGUUCGGAAUCCAUCUAUGAUUCCUGGGGCACCCGCAACAAUGCUCCCAGCCACGGAGGCAGCCAAGAUCUACCAGACCAACUACGUGAGGAAUUCUCGCGCUAUCGGGGUCUUGUGGGCUAUCUUCACCAUCCUCUUCGCCAUCGUCAACGUGGUAUGUUUCGUUCAGCCCUACUGGAUCGGGGACGGCGUGGACACGCCGCAGGCCGGCUAUUUCGGCCUGUUUCACUACUGCAUAGGGAGCGGAAUGUCCCGGGACCUGAAGUGCCAGGGGAGCUUCACCGAGUUCAGCUCCAUCCCGUCAGGAGCCUUCAAAGCGGCAUCAUUUUUCAUCGGGAUGUCCAUGGCGCUGGUGCUGUCCUGCAUUGGCUGCUUCGCCCUCUUCUUCUUCUGCAGCACAGCCACUGUGUAUAAGAUCUGUGGGUGGAUGCAGCUGGCAGCAGGUACAUGUCUUGUGCUAGGCUGUAUGAUAUAUCCUGACGGCUGGGAUGCUGAUGAGGUAAAGCGCAUGUGUGGAGAAGAAACGGAUAAAUACACCAUUGGAGCUUGCUCAGUGCGCUGGGCGUACAUCCUGGCCAUUAUGGGAAUCAUGGACGCGUUCAUUCUGUCCUUCCUGGCCUUCGUGUUGGGAAACAGGCAGGAUGGACUUAUGUCCGAGGAGCUGCUCGGAGACAAAACCGGAAAUGCAUAGAUGGCAAAUGCACACAGAUGAGUGUUUUUGCAUCGUUGAAAGAAUAUCAUUAAGUGAAGUCACAAUCCAGCUUUACCCAUCAUCCCGAGGGCAAGAAGCCUGACUGCUACAGUUUGGAAAAGUUUGAGCAAAUGAUGGAGCGAUUGGAAUCCGGAACACUCACUGCUUUUCUGUACAUAUACCUACUUUUCACUUUACUCCUUGGAAAUGCUUUUCAACAAAUCCCUAGUUUGGUUUACCGUGUUCUGUGCCACUUAUACAGUAUGAUAGGGCAGCUAAUGCACCACUUAGAAACACAAUUUUGACUCGGAAAAAAUGCACCCGUCUUUAAUUUACCUUGUGUCACCAUCUUCUGGCUUAAUUUACAAUAAUAUAAAUAUUUUGGGAUUCAUGACUUACUGUAAACAAUUCUAGGGUUUUGCAAUUAAAGCCACGUAUACUUAUGUAGAGGGGAACGUCAACAGGUUUGAUUUGUGGGAUGUAGAUUUGGGCACAGAGCAGCACUACAGAGACAUUAACGUAUUUCUCUCUUGGCUACCCUGGACAAGUCAAAUCGACAACAUAUCUGUCACAAGAAAAGACACUUUAACACAGAGAGCCCAUUUAAACGCAAGUGAUCGUUCUAUUGAGUUUACAUGGUCAUCCAUUCUACCCCCACACUCUCCGAUAUUCUUUAAACAGGGUUAUGUAAAGAGGUGAGAUCAUUGUUAAUAUAUUUUUAAAUAAAAUUACGUGUCAAAAUUAGGGGCGGACCUCUCUGCCGUUAGUUAUCGUGCACAAGCCAAGUAUUUACAAAAAAUAGGGGAGUGUUUUAAGUAUUAUGUAUCGAGUGUACACGUUGAAUUUCUGUAUGUCUCUACUUCGAUAUUUCCUUCUUUGCAGUGUUGGUGCUGUAUAGUUAUGUGUGCCAUAUUUAUGAUGUUCUCAGCUGGUACCGUUUUGUACUCUUGGUAUAGUCAUUCUGUCCCACUAGGAUAAUGAACAGCAUAGAAUCGCCAAUCUAAAAGAAAACAUCUCCAUCUUUUGGGUCAGGUGGAAACAGUUAAAAAACACCCAAAGGAAAUGACCUCACUGUGUACCUGGUGCUGCCACUCCCACAAUCCUGGGCUGCUGAAGAGUUUGGACGAUCCUGAGAGUUCUGAAGGGGAAAAAAGGUUUUGCUUUAUUUAUUGGGUAUGUCUUGUCAGCUGAUGUUGUAUAGGAAAUGAUGUAAAUACACCAUAAUAAUGUAUUAGUUAAAAAGGCAAUUCACAAAUUCAUGAAUAAAGAUUUUACCUUGACCAACUGAAAGCAAGAACGUUUCUAACGGUUU